AUGGACCAGUAUUAUCAGCCUCUCUCGCACGCUCUUAAUCCCCCUCUCGUCCAGUCUGGUCGGUCGCCGCAACAUCAAUAUCCGGCUAACCCUUAUUCCUCAGCACCAAACGGCUCCACUCAUCGCGAGGAAGAGGAGGAGGAGGAAGAGGAUGACGAGGACAUCGUCGAGGAGGAACUCGACCACAAUGAGCAGCGUUCACCCAGCCAUCAGUCCUCACCACGUACAUCCGCUGCGCAGCCCAAUACAGGUACUACAGGUCCGGCUGCUAACACCGCGAACCCCAAACAUGCCACACAGGAUCAACACCAACAACAGUCUGGUGACGCUGAUGGCUCCGAGAAGCGCAAACCAGGCCGGCCAAGGGGGUCAAGAAAUCGUAAACCGCGCGCUCCUCCGGGUACAUCCACAAAAGCCCCUGCCAACACCCAUCACCCUGGCUUCUACCAUUACCCUCCAGUACCAGGAGGUACUAUCCCACAGAAUCAGCAAUUUUACGAAUUUCAAUGGCGAGCAUUGAACCUUUGCUCGGAAUUCUACAACGCGGCGGAGGAACUUGUUAAAGCUGCAUCGCCCUUAGUUAUAGCCCAGUGUUAUCAGAUGGGUCCUACAGCAAAGGUUGAUCCAUUGGCUAUGAUUUCUGAGGCCAAACGCGUCUGUGACAGCCUCCUUGCGAACCCAAGUCAGCUUGUGGGAAAUCCUCCCCCGCCUGUCUAUUCUUCCAUGUCGCCGUACCCUCAGAUCUCACCAUCUGCUCCAGGGCCGGCCUCCACUGCCAGUGGCUCUUCUAACGCUAACCCUGUGAUCACGAAUCCCCAAUCCUUUGUGAUGUCUUUAGGCACAUCUGCGAUGCCUCCACCUUCUCACCCGCCUCCACACUCACAACCAUUCUACCCACCUCCUUUGUAUGGCCCUUCCGGGCCACGGUAUCCAACCGCUCCUUACUACUCAUAUCAGCCGCAACCUCCUUCAUAUGCAUACUCUACACCGCCACAGGCUGCUCCAACAGCUGCUGCCCCGGCUCCGCCCACGGCUGCGAGCACGGGAACUAUCUCGACCUUUAAUGCGGCCACGGGUUCAGCUGCGCCUGGUGGACAGCAGGGUACAUGGUCGGAGGAAGAGACGGAUCGGUUAAAGAAACUCGCCGAGCAGAGUAGGGAAAUGGGGGGUCCACAGAACAAGGGUGAGAUUGAGUGGGACUGGGUUGUACAGCAGUGGGGAAACAGUAGGACAAGACAUCAGAUACUUCUAAAGGCGACAUCCAUGGGCAUCAAGGAAAGCACCACUCGCGGAACAAAGCGGCGCCGCGACACCGAGUCCGUCGCUCGCGAAAGUGACUCGACUUCUCAUCCUACUGUGAACCAAGCUCCGGCGACCUCUGCACCUGCACCUGCACCAGCACCAGCACCUGUUGCGGUGUCUCCAACGCAGAGUCCGGCAACUCCUGCGUCUGCUAACCCGCCAGCUGCAUCGACCAUGUCCAUGAAUCCUCCAUCCGCGCCAGCCGCACGACCGGCUCCUUCUACGCCUACUACCAUCGCCCCCGUGCGCACUACGACUGCGACAAACACCUCGACCAUGCCCUGGCCGAUGCCUACUGUUGCCGCCAACACCCCAUCUCCCGUACUCGCCAACGCACAGACGGAAUCACAAAGGAGUAGUGCCUAUUACAGACCUCGUCCUACACAGACAACGUCAUAUGGUGCCGCCGCUGCCGCCGCCAACUCACCCGGCUCUCGGCCAACAUCUUCUCAAGGGACUGGUGGGACCACCCACCAAUACAUGUUUCGUCCGAAUGGAGCUGCCGGCGGGGACAGGAGAUAG